UUCCUUCACACAAUUCGAACUCAAAAUCCCUCCCAUUUCCUACAAAUUUUGCUAAUCUCCUCUUAAAAUGGCACCAAAGGCUGAGAAAAAACCCGCAGAGAAAAAACCCGCUGCCGAAAAAGCCCCUACUGCCGAGAAAUCAUCAAAGGCUGAGAAAAAACCAGCUGCCGAGAAAUCAUCAAAGGCCGGGAAGAAACUUCCCAAGGACGGCGCCGCCGCCGCAGCCGCAGCCGGAGACAAGAAGAAGAAGAGGGCAAAGAAGUCAAUUGAGACUUACAAGAUCUACAUUUUCAAGGUGCUGAAACAGGUUCACCCUGAUAUCGGAAUUUCAAGCAAAGCCAUGGGUAUCAUGAACAGUUUCAUCAACGAUAUUUUUGAGAAGCUUGCUCAGGAAUCUUCUAGACUUGCUAGGUAUAAUAAGAAGCCGACUAUUACUUCACGGGAAAUUCAAACCGCCGUCCGAUUGGUCCUUCCCGGUGAAUUGGCUAAACAUGCUGUUUCUGAGGGUACUAAGGCUGUUACCAAAUUCACUAGCUCUUGAAAUUUGAUACGUUUUUGCUCUGUUUUUAUCUUUUGGUUUGUGUUGCGUUUAUGAGUUCAAUUAGAGUUUGGUGAUGUAAAGAAGAAAAAUUGGCUAACUUUUGGUGUAUUAUUUUACAGUUCUGCAUCUGUAACCAAAAUUGAUAGUUAUGCUAAUUUUUGCAUUAAGAUUGUCUGAGGAAAUUAAAUGGUUUGGUUAGACUUU